AUGAAUGAGCCUCCAGCUUCAAACAUCAACAUACGCACCAGCACCAGAUUACUAGAACGCGAACCUAAGAAAGCCCCAAUCGCUUCAAUUGAGACCGUGCCUUUCAGAGGCAGCCUCUUCCCCUCGCCUACCACAGGGCCCUCACAAUGCUCCGAUAGCUCACAUCGCCCUCGCACUCCAUCCUGGGAACUCCUGCUCCAUUCCUUUACCAUAGGCUCGCGGAGCCACCGCUCUCCUGGGCAAGCUCCCACGCUUGAGCUAGAGCCUCUUUGGGCCUGCAGGAGUAGCCCUCCAAAAGUCGACGGGCACCGCAAUGUCCUCGCUGCCGUGUCAGACAAACUCCCUUCCAUUAGUGAGACACAGCCUCUAUUCUCUCUCUCUUCGCUCUCGACCGCCGUAUCAAGACCUUCAGAAAGUUGGGAUACUUCACGGCUCGCCAACACCCCGCCGCAGCGCGAAAGCGCGACUUUUAACGCGAUGGAUUGUAAUAAGUCAAGCUCAGCCACUACGAGUGCAGCUCCUGAUUCACAAACUUCUCUUCCAAGCCAUCGCUUGUCAAGCGUCGAUGAUUUUUGCCCCGAUUCGCGUCAUAUCAUGUCCACAAGUCCAGAGUCUAUAAAGUAUUGGGAAGGCGUCUUAGACCGUUGCAAUUCCGAGACACGCAUAAAUGUUCCCCGCAUCGGAAAAAGAGAUAUAUUCAUGGUGGGCAAUGUCAUUGUGAAGAGUGACCACCUUGAUCCAGGCGGGGGGACUGGACGCCAUUUGAUAGACGCAAACGAGGACGCCGCAGUGAAAUUGGUCAGAAAUGCGAUACCCGAAAUCCAAUUACCACAAACAUAUUUCAGUUCGAAGAUCAGAGGCCAUGACGUUCUUAUUCAAUCUCGUAUCCCUGGAGAGCCUCUGGAUUCUAUCUGGACCCAACUCUCAACGCAACAGAAGGAGGUUUAUAAACAGCAAGCUCGUGACAUCAUUUUAAAACUACGCCAGAUAACUCCUGAUACCCUGAAGUACCCACGAUAUUUUGUGACGAGCUCAGAGAAGGAUAGUCAAAGGAAACUAUCACCCGAAGAAGUCCAUAGCCUGUCACCUACUGAUACUUGCGAGGAUCUUGGUGUGGCUCAUAAUGAUAUGGUCAUGUCCAACAUCAUUGUAAACAAUGAUAGAAUAGUCGGCCUCAUUGGAUGGUCAAAUGCCGGUUACUUCAACUGGAGGACUGUCAGUAAAAUUCACUCCAAAGUUAGAUGCUUAGACAGCCAAACGAACGUGCCUAUCCCGGAGUACUUUGAAUCAGAAGUCCAAUGGCAUGAUCUCUAUGAGCCUCCACUCACGCCUAAAAAACCAGGGGUUGAAGGGGGGGUCACCCCUAAAGUGGCUACGCCCACAACAGAAUCGAACCACGCUUUCCCUAUCGAGGAGGGCCCAUCACAGGCACUUACUCUUACACCUAAGAAGGUUGCAGAUAUGAAACGUAAAUCUGUAUCACGAGCUUCUUCAGUUGACCGUUCGUCUCCUGCUCCAUCAAUAAAUUCCCAGCCUACCACAAAGAAAAAAGGCCCUACUGUUGCCACUGUCAAGAAGGGAACAGCCAAACGAGCUCCGGCGGCGAAGAAGCGGAAACUAAACGAUCUUGCGGAUGUGGAUGAUGUGGCGUCCACAAGGGCCUCUCCGCUGAGUAAAUCGUCUGCACAGAGAAACAAAAAACAGGAUUCACUGUCGGCUACUGGUUCACCCGCGCCAGAGACUAAAGGCCCUAAGAAAGCACGUUUACGACGAGGUAAAUUGAACUCUGAUGAUGAUGAAAACUACGACGAGUCAGCAUUGUUUUGCGUUUGUCGAAAACCUGAUAACCAUACUUGGAUGAUUGCGUGUGACGGAGGUUGUGAAGAUUGGUUCCAUGGCAGAUGUAUGAAUAUUGAUCCAAAAGACGCCGACUUGAUCGAUAAGUAUAUCUGCCCAACCUGUGAAACAAAAAGCCCCCUACGUACAACCUGGAAGCCAAUGUGUCGCCUUCGUGAGUGUCGUCAGCCAGCCAGAGUUGAUGCACGACCACCAAGCAAAUACUGCUGUGACCAACACGGCUUGGAUUACAUGAAGCAGGCAAUGUCUCGAGGUUCAAGACAACCAAGCUCCAAUGCCGAGGAAUAUGGUUCUAACAAGCGUGAAAAUGAAGUAGAAUCUGCCGACCAAUUUCGAAAGCUGGGUGCAAGCCCCUUAUCAGCCCAGCAGGAGGAAGUACAGGCGCGUCUCUCUGAUGCCAUGGCAGCACCCGGGCCUAGCCAAGACGGGCUACAGCCCGGUGAUGUAGAUUUCGAGUCAGAAGCUGAUAGGGUUGCAUUCACGUCUGACGAACGUCAACGGCUCAAUCAACUUCGAAAAGAAAAGUUGAGACUCGAUAACCGCAAAGAGAUGCUUCAAGCCCGAGAAAAAUUUAUUAUCAUCGCAAAACAACGAGUUAAGCAUGCAUUUGAGCGCCUUAAGAGCCAUGGUUCCGUAGGCAACUUGCAGCUCAAAGACCUCUGUGGCUUCGAUAAUCGCCUCUCUUUAUCGGAUGAAGAAUUUGACGAAUGGCGAAAAUCCGAAAAGGGGGCUUUAUUGUUGGGUGCUCCUGACAAGGAUAGUAGCAGUGAAGCUAGUGCCCAGCUCAAAAGUGCAGUUGAUGCUGAGACAAUCGAGGCGCUUACACAGAGCCUGUGCUUCAAGAAACGCUGUGAGCGCCAUAAACAAUGGACCAAGGUUAUGCAGCAAGAUAUCCUAUUUGAACAAUCAAUUUUGAAGGAGCAAACAAACAAAUGCCACCAGGAUGCGGAGGAAUUGGUCAGAAAGGCUGUUCUUCGAGUAUUUGGUGGUGAGAACUAG